AUGGGACUCAGCAACCCGCUGCUGGGGGAUCCAGUACUUCCUGAGACGGUGGGAGGCCUGAUCCCCAAAGAGUUCAAGCCUGAUCCCUCAAGGGCCUGUGAAAUACUCGCGUUUGCUAGAGGAACACCAAUACUCGCGCUUGCUAGUGGAACACAAAUACUCGCGCUUGCUAGUGAAACACCAAUACUUGCGCUGGCUAGUGGAACACCAAUACUCACACUUGCUAGUGGAACACCAAUACUCGCGCUUGCUAGUGGAACACCAAUACUAGCGCUUGCUAGUGGAACACAAAUACUCGCACUUGCUAGUGGAACACCAAUACUUGCGCUGGCUAGUGGAACACCAAUACUCGCACUUGCUAGUGGAACACCAAUACUCGCGCUCGCUAGUGGAACACCAAUACUCACGCUUGCUAGUGGAACACAAAUACUCGCGCUUGCUAGUGAAACACCAAUACUUGCGCUGGCUAGUGGAACACCAAUACUUGUGCUUGCAAGUGGAACACCAAUACUCGCGCUUGCUAGUGGAUCACCAAUACUCUCGCUUGCUAGUGGAUCACCAAUACUCGCGCUUGCUAGUGGAACCCCAAUACUCGCACUUGCUAGUGGAACACCAAUACUCGCGCUUGCUAGUGGAACACCAAUACUCGCGCUUGCUAGUGGAACACAAAUACUCGCGCUUGCUAGUGAAACAUCAAUACUUGCGCUGGCUAGUGGAACACCAAUACUCGCGCUUGCAAGUGGAACACCAAUACUCGCGCUUGCUAGUGGAACACCAAUACUCGCGCUUGCUAGUGGAACACCAAUACUCGCGCUUGCUAGUGGAACACCAAUACUCGCGCUUGCUAGUGGAACCCCAAUACUUGCGCUUGCUAGUGGAACACCAAUACUCGCGCUUGCUAGUGCAACACCAAUACUCGUGCUUGCUAGUGGAACACCAAUACUUGCGCUUGCUAGUGGAACACAAAUACUCGUGCUUGCUAGUGAAACACCAAUACUUGCGCUGGCAAGUGGAACUCAAAUACUUGCGCUUGCAAGUGGAACACCAAUACUCGCGCUUGCUAGUGGAACACCAAUACUCACGCUUGCUAGUGGUACACCAAUACUCGCGCUUGCUAGUGGAACACCAAUACUCGCGCUUGCUAGUGGAACCCCAAUACUCGCACUUGCUAGUGGAACACCAAUACUCGCGCGGGCUACAGUUGUAGCCCAUUACAUAUUCUAUUUGAAAUGA